GCACCCCCCCAACACACAGACGCGUCCAAUUGGGCUUCGCGAGAGAGGCAAAACAGCUGAUUGCCUAUCGAUAGGUGUCGGUAUCGUUUGAAAUGGACCUUUUGAACGAGGAUUGUCUGGAUCACAUAUUUAGCUAUCUUGAUCUUGAUAACCUAUUUUACCUCUACAAUGAAAUUCAGUGCUUUGAUGGAGCCAUCGAAAGACAACUCUUUCGAUUUAAGGAUCUCAAAUUCAGCAUGAGGCAACCUCCUGUGUUUCACAAAGAUCUAAUGGUUAAACUGGGUCACCACCUGAACAGUCUGCACAUUAACGUGGGAUACUCCACCAGGGACGAGCAUAUCCUGCGAUACCUGAAGCCUCUGUGCCAAGGAGCCUCUGAAAGUGGAAGACUGAAAGCCUUAAAAUUGGAUCACGCCAAGUUUACAUUUGAUGUAUUGAGCACCGUGGCCCAGGUGGUUCCAUCGCUGGUAUUUUUGGACAUGCGUCAUUGCGAUGUGAGGGAUUACCAGAUAGCACAGCUCUUGGAAUCGGCAGAUAAGUUGAAGGCGCUCUCUCUGCUCCAUGUCAACAAUCAGACGGGAGAUUCUUAUCUGGAACCCCAAAUACUCAAUAGGUUGCCAUCUCUGAAACUCAUCCACAUCACAAUCUUGGGUCCUACUCCCUUUUCUCCCGAAAAUCUGGCCCAGCAUUGUCCCAACUUAAGUUUCCUAAUAAGUGACUUAAUCAAUGGAGAUUUCAAGAUAUAUGGUCCCCCUCAUAUUCAGAACUAUUAUAAGUACUACAAGGAUUAUUUCCAAACGUUUUAAAAUCGUAUUGAAAGAUCUCGGAGGUGUUGAUUAAUUCAAAAUUUGUGUUUUUGAUAUUAUGAUAUGUAAAUUUAGC